UCUGAGCAAGCACUACGCGGGCAGCAGAAGCUGGCAGCUGCACUCGUGUUGAGGGAAAGAGAUGCUACCGUCACUGUUACAGCGGAAUGUAAUUCUUUUCCUCGUUGCCUUUCUGACUGGGUGUGAAGCUUUAAAUGGAACAUUAUUGGAAGAGCAGAAGAUGGAACCUCAAAUCUCUGGAUUGAAACCUACAAAUCUGUCUGUCCUAACGGCUCCCCAGGCAGCAGAUGAUAAGCUGGAAGACUGCCCAGAGAUUUUACCUCAGAAACUUGCAGGACAUUUCAGAAGGAGACCGCCCAGGUUGCAGAUCAGAGCCAGCCAUGAAAACCUGAAGGAUGGGAUGCAGGAUGAUACCAAGAUGGGGGAGUUAGAAUCUAGCCAAGGUCACAAGGAAGAUAACAUUCUGAGAAAGGUCCUUGGCAGGAAGCCAGCAGUAAUUCAGCCCCAGCAGGACACCAGAAUCCUUUCCAGCAUAGCAAAGACCCCAGCCAAGCCUUCUUUAGAGAAAUCCAGAAUUCAGAAAGCUCCAGCUCCCCCCAAUAAGCGCCAGAAAGCUGUGAUAGAUGCUUUCCGUCAUGCCUGGAAAGGAUACAAGGAGUUUGCUUGGGGCCGUGAUCUGCUGCAUCCCGUAUCCAAAUUAUUUGGUGAGGAGAUGGGUCUUGGCCUGACUCUGAUUGAUGCAUUGGACACCAUGUGGAUUAUGGGUCUACAAAAAGAAUUUGAAGAAGCCAAGCAAUGGGUAUCAAAGACAUUACACUUUCAAAAAAAAGUGAAGGUAAAUCUCUUUGAAUGUACUAUCCGUAUCUUGGGUGGACUUUUGAGUACAUACAACUUAUCUGGAGAUAGCCUCUUUUUAGAAAAAGCUAAAGAUCUUGGAACACGGCUUAUGCCUGCAUUCGGAACUUCCUCCAAGAUUCCAUACUCCACUGUAAACCUUCAAACUGGUGAGUCCUUCUCACAAUUCAGUGUAGUGUCAGAAGUAACAACCAUUCAGUUGGAGUUCAGAGAGCUCUCUCGUCUCACUGGAAUUGAGAACUUUCAGAAGGUAGUGAAUAAAGUGACAGAGCAUAUCCAUUCCCUACCUAGGAAGAAGAAUGGGCUAGUGCCCAAACUCAUCUUUCCCCAAAGUGGCCACUUCCCUUUACAGAAAGAAUACACUCUCGGAGGCCAGGCUGACAGCUACUAUGAGUAUCUGCUAAAGCAGUGGAUCCAAGGAGGAAAGAAAGACGUGCGGUUGCUAGAAGACUAUAUUGAAGCCAUAGGAGGAAUAAAAAAGCACCUGCUUAGGCAGUCCAAUCCUAACAAACUGACUUUUGUGGGGGAGCUUUUUAAUGGCCAAUUUGUACCCAAGAUGGAUCAUUUGGUGUGCUUUUUGCCUGGGACUCUGGCUCUAGGUGUAUACCAUGGACUGAACUUUGACCACAUGAUGCUAGCUGAAGCUCUUAUGAGACCUGCUACCAGAUGUUCAUCACUUAAGACGGGGCUGAGCCCAGAAGCUGUGCACUUCCUUAGGGACCUCUCACGUUAGCCGUGUGAAGAUAUGAUGGUCAUGCCUGAAGACAAUUUCAGUUUGCUGCGACCAGAGACUGUGGAGAGCCUGUUCUAUCUGUACCGGCUCAGCAGGAAUAAGAAAUACCAGGCUUGGGGCUGGAAGAUCCUGCAGAGCUUCAACAGAUAUACCCGUGUCCCUUCAGGUGGCUAUUCCUCCAUCAUUCAUGUUGAGAAUCCAUUCUUAAUAGACCAGAUGGAAAGUUUCUUUCUUGCAGAAACUCUCAAGUAUAUGUAUCUUCUCUUUUCUGAUGACAUGGACUUCCUCAACCUUGAAAAGUAUGUAUUUAAUACAGAGGGUCAUCCCCUGCCCAUCUGGACUUCGGCUUAA